AAGACAUCCCUCUUCAACAGGGAGACCGAUAUCGCAUUUAACAACCGACGUCGAAUAACGAGAAUGCCAUUGAUGGCCCAUUGAGUUGACCUCAAUGGCGUCGCAAUCGGCUAUAGCAGACCCCCGCAACAAUGUAUAACCGCGACUCAAGGAUAAUGCGCAAGCUUCUCGGCAAGGCUGCGACCGAGACCCCCGCAGGCGAUUCAGCCAACCUUUCUAUAACAAGCGCACCUGCUUCUACAAUCUCAGCCUCGUUUCGACCGCCGAAGGCACAAGAUGCCGUAUACCGAGCUGGUGUUCCGAUAUUGGCCCUCGAUGUUUCCCCCGAUCGAAGAGCCGCCGUGCUAGCGGGUGGACAUAUCCUGAAGACAGUGGUACUGGACGAUCCCCAUAACUUCAACUUCAACUUUCGCGAGGGUGUGGACCUGAGAGCUGUGAUUACUGCGCAGCCUGCUGGGUUGAAGGGCAACCAGGCGGCGGAUCAGCUCAGCAUUCGCGAUGUUAAAUGGCACGGUGGUUCGACAAUCUUCACGGCUUGCGCGAAUGGCAAGAUCUUCGCUUAUGAUGUUGCACGAGUCGGAUCUGGCGCGGCCGAGCCACUGGAAUACAUGCAGAUGCAGGAAGAUUCUCGUCAGGUUAACACUCUGGACGUUAACCCUCACCUCAAGAGCUGGCUUCUUUCAGGCAGUCAAGAUGGCAUGGCGCGCGUUUUCGAUACAGCGGCACCUCUCCAAGGACGAUCCGGCGGCAUCACCUUUCGGCAACGAUUCGCACCUCUGAAAUGUAUCGACUCGGUUCGGCAGGUUAAAUGGUCUCCAAAGGUUGGGCACGAAAUGGCAUGCUGUACCGAGGGUGGCGUUGUGCUCAAAUGGGAUGUACGUCAACCAGCAAGGCCAUUGCUGAGGAUCAAUGCGCACGAAAAGGCGUGUGCUUCUAUCGCAUGGCACCCAGAUGGAAACCACCUUAUCAGUGCUGGCCGAGAUACGAAACUCCAUGUAUGGGAUCUUUCGAGUUCAGCCGACAAACGACAAAAGCCGAAAUGGUCUGUUACCACACCUGCACCUAUUUGGACUAUCGCAUGGCGACCCGGCCUCUGGUCAGCUACAGCGCAGAACAAGCGCGUAGCUCAAAUAGCAGUGUCUUACGAUGAUAGCAGCUCUCGUCGAUAUGGUACUUCGGCAGUACACAUCUGGGACCUGGCUCGACCGACCAUGGCAUACAAAGAAAUUGAAAGAUUCGACGCUUCGCCGGCUGCUCUGUUCUGGCAAGAUCAGGACAUGCUUUGGACGGUUGGUCAAGACGGACUGUUUGCGCAAAACGAUGUCGCAUAUGCGCCCAAGGUCAUUGAUCGCCAGUCUACCUCGUCAAUGGCAUUUUCACCGAAAGGCGAUGUUAUGAUGUUCCUUGAUGAGCGAUCUCAUGAAAGUAGUCGACCGCGGCCUCCUGUCACACCCCAUGCCGAGAUCGUGCCCCGUGGGCCUUAUGGGUCAAGUCCCAAUGCCCCCAUGCUCAGCAUUAGUCGCAGCGAUUCGGAGGAGGAUGUGGUGGGUAGCUUUCUGGGUCCCAGACGACGAUUGAGUCGAAGGAAAGCAGGUCGAUCCACCAAUCUGAGCACAACGCCACCUUCUAGAUCUAGCCUUGAUGAUAACAAGCAAUUUCUAGCGCUCGAUCAAGCCAUCAACGUUACCGGUGUCUUCAAGACCCAGCAAACAAUGGCUUUCGGCCGACUGCCUGCUGUGAAAACAACACAAAUCUACCAAUAUCUCUCAGGAUUAUACCUCGAGACGCUCCAGCAGGAGCUCCCAUACGUUAAAGACGGCAAGCCGCUCAAUGACCGAGUUGGCGUUAUCCUAGAACAUUACGCUCGCGCAGCCGAAAGUGUUUCGUACUUCCGAUUAGCCCAGACCUGGCGCGUUCUCGCCUACACGGUCGGCCUACUCCUCGAUCGUCGCGCUCAAUACCACCUCGACGUCCGCCUCGGACGGUUCCAGAAGGUGAAGAUAGAAGAGAGAAAGGGAAGUGGAAUGCUAAAGCCCGUUGACUUUUAUACUGCUAGUCGAACCCCCGGCGAUGAAACGCCCAGACGUCCUUCUGGAAAGUCAGGGCUCGGCAGCCGCUCUCUGAGCACUCGAUCUCUCCUUGCGAUGGGAUUUGAGAGCACGUCAAACGUCCCAACUCCGCUUGCGCGACCGGCUGAUGCCACAGAUAAUACAAAAGAGCAUGCACAACAGGUUGGCAAGAGACUUGCGGCCGUCACGGAGCCUGAUGAACUUAGUCUUGGGCCUGGCAUAAAUGACAGGUUCGAAGACACCCCCAGAAAGCGGCCCGACUCGGUCCCCGUCUCUGAUGUCAGCCAUGAAAGCGAGAGCUCACAGAUAUCUAGCACUGAAGGAUACGACUUUUACGACGCCGAGGUCUUGCUCAAGGCCCUCGAUGUUCCUCCACCCAAGAAGAAAGAGCCUCUAUCGUUGGAUUCUACGAUUCCAGAAGUUCAGAGGGUGACGCGCCAUGACUCCGACGAGAGCUUCGCUCAGAUGUUCUCGACAUCUGAUGCGACUAAGAAACCUUCGGCUUCGACACCGAGAGGCACUGGACCUUGGCGAUCGAGUCUUGCGAGACAUGCUUCGGACAUGGACAAAGAUAACGAGUACCCAAGUCACAUACGUGGCGAAGAGGUUCACGCAGAUACACCAUCGGAUUCACCCCAGCCGCGCCCACAUAAUAAGAAAACGCCGACUGACUCCCCGGAGGACGUUUUCUUAAUAUCUCAAACCACAAUAGGGACCGACGACUCGUUCCCCUCGCAAACAUCAGAGCCCUUCCAAUCGAGCCCUCCACCUCCCAAGAUUGUAGAGCAGUCACUUCCAGCAAAGGAAGACUCCCCGCAGCCACAAGCACUUGUUCCAGCAAGCCACCCCAACCGAUCCAGCAGUCCCGCCAAGGACUUGUUCCCUGCACAAAAAGACCUGCGGCCUUAUAUUGUAGAGACAGACUUUCUCCCAUGGGAGGAUGACCCUCUGUAUCCUUUCCCGACUGCUGUGUCUGGCGAUGGCCCGGUUGUUUCACCACUCGAUCCCUACACUUCCAUCACAGAGGCCUUGCACUACGAGUCGCGAACCUCUGCGCUCAAUGCUUCCGCCAUCGUUCUCCUUCUUAAGCCUUUAGUACCAGAUUUCGUGAUCGACUAUCACCAAGCGAACGCAGUCCUGCGACAGCACCAUUCACGACUGAUGCAAAUGGGUCUCUUCAUCGAGGCAUCGCUUCUACGGAACUUAUGUGUCAAGGGAUGGCCAGAAGGUUUGCCUCAAUGGGGUGAGAACUACACGGCGAUUUUCACACCAGCUCAACAGAAUGGAAAGGUCAGCUUCCUCUGCUCUGCGUGCAAGAAGCCAAGGGAACUUGAUCCCAAAGAUGGACCGGAAGCCAUUUGGACUUGUGAGCGAUGUCGCACUACCAUGGCACCCUGCGCUGUCUGUGAUCAUCGAGAGCCAACACAUGCCGAAUUCGCGUCUGUGGAACUACCAACCGCCAUGGGCUCUCCAGAUACCUGGCUCUCACAAUGGUGGUACUGUCCCGGCUGUGCACAUGGCGGUCACGCAUCUUGUCUUCAAGCAUGGCACGCCGUUCUUGAUCAGCCAGACUCCAGCGGUUCAACUACCUUCAGCGAUGGCUGCUGUCCUCUCGAUGGCUGUGGACACGCCUGUCUUCCCGGUCGAUACCGCGGUGAGACCAGCACAGCACGAUCUGAUGAAAUCGGUCGCGCGACUGUAGAGAAGACUCGAGCGAGAGAUGAGCGUGGAGCAAGCAGUAGUAGACGAUCAAGUCCUCGUGCAGGUAUGGACCGCUCUGUGAAGAGUGAUGGCAAUGAUAUACCGCAGAGUAGAGCUGUUGGGAUGGCGAGGGAUGCGCUGAAUAAAGGAAGUGGAGGGAUUUUGAGCUCGAGUCCUGGAAGGGCUGUUGUGACAGGGGAGAGGGAGAGGAGGAAGAGUGUUAAGUUCGCUGGGACUGACUGAUAGAGCUACGGUGAAUAUUGUUGUGCCUUGGUUGUUACUUUUAGCAUGGCGUUUGGGUGUGGAGUUAUCUGGACGGAGUGCAAUUUGGCCAGGGGCAGAGAGCGUGGCGUUUUAGCUGCAAGAUGGUUGUAGGAUGUCCUCUGUAGAAGAUGUGCAUAGUUGAGCGAUGUAAGGGAUUAUUAAGAAAGGAUAUCUAACAGUAUAGUUUAGCAAAUAACUAACUUCUCAUUAUAAAGUGUCA